CAUUUAAAGGAAAGCCACGUUUGUCUAUAACCAGGUGCAGUACAAACAGUUUUUCUGUUCUGCGCAGACUUCCAAUGCAGGGCUAACCACAAGUAGACAGAACGUAACCAUUUCACAUUCUGCACUCUUAUGUGCAACAAUAGGCAGCAGCAGCAUGAGCAGGGGACAAAAGAUUCAUCAGUGGGGUUCUUGGAAGAUCUUUAACAAAACAGUGAGCUUCCCAUUUUUAGUCUGUGCUGAAAUAAAUUGUGCCAUACAGAAAGGAAGAAAGGAUUGCGUCAUGUGAAGGCUUUUGCAAAAUAGACAGAAGACCAAGUGAAUCAUCAUGAACUGAAGUUACUCAAAACAUGGAGGGUCACAGUCCACUUAAUGGGCCAACAUCCAUCACAUGGAGGAGGAGGAGGAGGAGGAGGAUGAGAAUGUCCCGGCUGGAACUCCUUCGAGGCUGUCAGAAAGCCUGGUUCCCAGCUGCACCCUGGGACAGAGAGCGGGCCCAUUCGGCCCUCUCUGGAACACCCGCUGGGAGUUUUGUGGUUGUGAGGGACUGUGUGACAUCACUGCCCAAGUUCCUGUGCGUGUCUAUGGGAGUAGACAAUGAAGUUCUUCUUGAGUAUCAUAUCACAUGCGCAGCCACAGUUUUUCAGCUGUCGGGGUCUCGUCUUUGUUUUUCUGAUUUGGCUAAGCUGGUGUUCUUCUACUCUUUGACCAGAGACGUGUUGGCUCUCUGUCUAAGGAUUCCUUGCUGGAUGGACAAUGUGACUGAGCGCACCAAAGAUCAUCUUUCUCAGCUUGAACCCGAAGCCUGGCUCAGCAGCACACCACCUGACCAGAUUUCUGAUGAAAUAACGCACAUGGAGCCGACCACCGUCAUGUGCUCCAUACAGCUGACCUCAACCAAUGGGGCAUUGUGUGUCAUCAAUCCGCUCUAUCUUCAUGAACAUGGUGAUGACUGGCUUUCAUAUCAGGCAACUGGUCUGCAGACAUCAAAUUACAGACAAGAACGACGCCUCAGUUCCACUCGAACAUGGGCUGGAGCGAGCCUGAUGAGCAAACGAACCGCUUCCUUGGACCAGGAAUCUUUAGUUGCCACUACUGAGUGCUCAGGAUUAAUCCGAGCCAAAUCAGAAGAGUCCCCGCCAUCAGUGUCUGUCCAAGAAGGGGUAGUCCUCAGGCAUUCCAGCAACAGCUCCACAUCGAGCCUUUCCAAGAGAACCAGCACAGGGAGCUUACCUCUUUCCCCCGAGCUGCUGAACCGUGGCAGCCAUGGGCCUCACACCCCGCACAGGGUGUCCUGGAUCGAGGAUGGACUGUGGCCACCUCCAGCCCAAAGGCCCUCUUCCUUUCUUCAGGCUCCAUCGCCUGAGCUCGACUCGCUGUCCAUCAGCAGCAUCGAAGAAGAGCAAGAAGAGCAGUCGCCAAGCCUGGCGGCGCACCAGCCGUCGGCACAGCGGCUGGCCGACAAAGUCAUACAUCGCUUCUCAGCAGUGGGCCAGGCUCUCGGCAGCCUGGUUUGUCAGAAGAAGAGGUUGACCAACCGCGUGUUGGAUCUUGGCGAGAAGAAACGUGGCUCGUUUGCAGAUGCUGCGAGAGAAUUUGUGGAGGUGACGCUGCAGAGAGGGACUGACCCUGGGGGCUUAAUGGGGUCAGAGUUCUUACAGGAAUUGAGGUCAUCGCUUACUUCGCUGAGGGAGACUCUCUUGGACUACCCUGAUAUCCAGGCACUGCUGGACAGUAUGACCGACUUUAGUGACUCAGAGAUAGACUCCCUGGUAGAGAUGUCAGUUCAUAAGGUGGCCCUUAAGCCCGUGUCAGCUCACAUCUACUCUUGCAUUUACACUUGGCGCACCAAUGAUGGCAGUCUACAACGACUACAGAACAAACAGCGUGCUUUGGUAGACAACGGCGUGGAGGCGCUCGGGGGCGCAGCUGGAGUCGGUGUUCCUGACUCAGUCACCCUUGAGCGGAUCCAGCAACGGUGGUUGAGUAUGCACGAGGCCUAUUCCCCAAACAAAAAAGUCCGGAUCUUGCUGAAAAUCUGCAAGAGUAUCUACCACAGCAUGAGUAGCAAUGCCAGCUCAGAUGUGGUGUUUGGAGCUGAUGAUUUCCUGCCUUGCUUGACGUGGGUGCUUUUGCGUAGUGAGCUGGUCAAUUUGCAAAUAGACACCGACUACAUGAUGGAGCUACUGGACCCCACACAGCUUCAGGGAGAAGGUGGUUACUACCUCACAACCUUGUACGCCGCUCUCUACUACAUCAGCAGCUUUCAGCCACGCUUGGCCGCCCGUCAGCUUAGUGUGGAAGCCCAACACUCUCUCAGCCAAUGGCAUCGCAGGCGCACCCUUCACAGCAACCAAUCCCGUCACAGUUUGCGACGACAGACCAUCCGCAGACAGACGAGUCCUAAGAAGUCAGUGCAGGCUGGGGAGACCGAGAGCGGGGAUGUACAUGAAAGUGGCCAAGAUGAGCCACAGCAGGAAACAGAAAGCAGUGCAGAGGUUGAAGGUCGAGAGGAUGGAGACCAGGACACUGAAUGAAGCUAGUGCUUUAGAGCAAGAACAAAGGACAUAGGAUUGAACAUAAUCUGUGUGUUGUUUGCAAAACUUGCUUAACCACAUAAAAGGCUAACUGUGGCUUGUUCAUCUUGAAUUCUUCUCUCCAAAGUAGGCUCUUAUAAUAAUCCAUACUGCAAUUAUGAGUCUGUACACUGGAUACCAGCUUUGUCUGCCACAUAGUACAAUAUAUCUGAAUAGGAAUCGGAAAAUAGGAGAGAAUAAGAAUAAUCUCAUAAUAUAAUUGUCUAUCAUAUGUCAAAUUACAAACUAUUGAUCUUUUCAAACUGUAUGAAUAGACUGUCUCACAUUAAUUAGUGGAUGAUUCAUCCUUAAUGUUUCAGAGAAAAUGAGAAGCGUAGAUUUAUUUGCUGCACGUCACUUGCUUUUGCAGUUGCAGAUCUCGAGCCUGUGUCAUGGCACCUUCUGGUUUCAGUAUGACUUCUGGUUUUUAUGUUGACUAUAUCUGCUCCGUAAGAUGUUUUGAGCUUUCACAAAAUUGCCCCAUCCGUCCGUCCAUCCUUCCAUCCAUCCAUUCAUUUUCUGACCCGCUUAUCUUAACAGGCGCAUAUUUCUGCCAGAGCCUGUCUAUAAGUAGAGUGGAAACACAAAAGAAGCUCUCCGUGUGGUUUCAUACUCCCUCUGUAACACUACUACCCCACAAAAAAAAAAAAAA